UUAACCUCCUGGAUUUCUUAUCGCCCGCGUAGUGUACCCAGUUACUGCGAUCUGCCGGCAAUGCCUUUUAGUUAACAUUUAACCUCUGAUUGAGAAGAAAUGUCUUGAUCGUAGAAAACAUAGAGAUGGAUUGCCACAAAAUUAGAUUGUGGAUUUAUAUUUUAUUUGUUUGCAAUGUGUGGGCAAAUGUACAAGAUGCCACCAUAUCUUCGCCGGGAAAGUCAUCAGAAGCUGUUCCACAAACAUCGCCAGGAACAGCAACAACAAACUUAACAACACUGAACACAACAAUAUCAACACAAGGUUCGACAACACCAAAAUCAAAUGUUUCAACAACGGCCUCAUCAUCAGCGAAGGUAUUCAAUGAAACCACAACUGAAGCAGCAACAACAACAAAGGCGAGGACAACAACACCGUCAACGACAACCCCGACCAUUUCGACAACAUCAACAACCGUAACGACAACAAUAAAACCGACAACAACACGAUUAGCACCCACACCAACAACACUAUCCGCCUUGACAACAAAUACAAAACCGAUAUCAACAACAACAGUUCCGGCGAAGGUAUUCAAUGAAACCACAACUGAAGCAGCAACAACAACAAAGGCGAGGACAACAACACCGUCAACGACAACCCCGACCAUUUCGACAACAUCAACAACCGUAACAACAGCAACAAAACCGACAACAACACCAUUAGCACCCAAACCAGCAACCCUAUCCGCCUUGACAACAGCAACAAAACCGAUAUCAACAACAACAGUUCCGGCUUGCCCAGACCUCAACAACACACGCACACAGACGAGCAACUGGCACUUUGAUACACAAGCGGUGGGUCAUAACACAAACGUGACACUUACGUGUUCCGCGGGGUACUGGUGGCAACCUCCGUCACUCAGCGGCCACCCCAACACAACCAAAACAGUGAAUUGCGGAUCGGACGGGAACUGGACACCUACCCUUAAAGACUGUGUUCCGAUAAAUAAAGAUAAAACAAAAACCAGAAUCGUGUUUGAUGCUGCAGCAAAAUUUGAAGACGUAUCACUAAAUGAUAAAACACACCAAGGCCCAAAGCAACAGCGCGAUCUGUUUGACGUUUUGCUUAGAUUAAGAAAGCAUCCCGUUGCAGUAGUUUGCGACAUAGCCGAGAUGUAUCUCAGAAUAGGCAUCGAUCACGAGGACAAGCCAUAUCACAGAUUCCUAUGGAAGGGAAUGUAUCAUAACUGUUGUCCCGAUAUCUACAAAUUUGAUAGAGUCGUGUUCGGUGUAAAUUCAUCACCAUUCCAAGCAGAGUAUGUCUUACAGCAACGCGCGAGGGAAAAUCUCAGCGCAUUUCCAUUAGCUGCUGAAAACCACUCUCUAACCAAUUCAACACGAGAGCGGUUUCAUCCUGAGAGAGACAUCAAGAUUGGCGAAGUCGUUCUUAUCAUUACUCCGGAAACGACGAGGGGAAACUGGCCACUAAGACGGAUACUCGAGGAUUAUCCAGGACAAGAUGGUCGAGUGAGAGUCGUAAAAAUUCAGGUUGGAAGCAGCAAAAUGACGAGAUCGGUGACAAAGCUAUGCCCGUUAGAAUUAAACAAUUAA